AACACAGCUCAUUCAAGAACACAGCUCAUUCAAGAACACAACUCAUUCAGCAACACAACUCAUUCAAGAACACAACUCAUUCAAGAACACAACUCAUUCAAGAACACAACUCAUUCAGCAAUACAACUCAUUCAGCAACACAGCUCAUUCAGGAACACAACUCAUUUAGCAACACAACUCAUUCAGGAACACAACUCAUUCAGGAACACAACUCAUCAAGAACACAACUCAUUCAGAGACACAACUCAUUCAAGAACACAACUCAUUCAGCAACACAACUCAUUCAAGAACACAACUCAUUCAAGAACACAACUCAUUCAAGAACACAACUCAUUCAGCAACACAACUCAUUCACUCCAGCAGCCGCCCCAGGCCAGUCCAUCAGCCUCUCAGGCCAGCUCCAGCAGCCGUCCCAGGCCAGCUCCAGCAGCCGUUCUCAGCAGCUCCAACAGUCGUCUCAGGGCAGCUCCAACAGUCGUCCCAGGGCAGCUCCAGCAGUCGUCUCAGGGCAGCUCCAACAGUCGUCUCAGGGCCCAACAGUCGUCUCAGGGCAGCUCCAGCAGUCGUCCCAGGGCAGCUCCGCAGUCGUCUCCCAGGGCAGCCCGGUCGUCCCAGGGCAGCUCCAGCAGUCGUCUCAGGCAGCUCCAGCAGUCGUCUCAGCAGCCCAGCAGUCGUCCCAGGGCAGCUCCAGCAGUCGUCCCAGGGCAGCUCCAGUCGUCUCAGGGCAGUUCCAGCAGUCGUUCCCAGGGCAGCCCCAGCAGUCGUCUCAGGGCAGCUCCAGCAGUCGUCUCAGGCAGCUCCAGCAGUCGUCCCAGGGCAGCUCCAGCAGUCGUCUCAGGGCAGCUCCAGCAGUCGUCCCCAGCAGCUCACAGUCGUCUCAGGGCAGCCAGCAGUCGCCCCAGGCAGCUCCAGCAGUCGUCUCAGGGCAGCUCCAGCAGUCGUCUCAGGGCAGCUCCAGCAGUCGUCCCAGUGCCCAGCAGUCGUCUCCAGCGCCCAGCAGUCGUCUCAGGGCCUCCAGCAGCCGUCCCAGGGCAGCUCCAGCAGCCGUCUCAGGCAGCAGCUCCAGCAGUCGUCUCAGGGCAGCUCCAGCAGUCGUCCUCAGGGCAGCUCCAGCAGCCGUCUCAGGCGCAGCUCCAGCAGCCGUCUCAGGCCAGCCCAACAGUCGUCUCAGGGCAGCUCCAGCAGUCGUCUCAGGGCAGCUCCAGCAGUCGUCUCAGGGCAGCUCCCAGCAGUCGUCCCAGGGCAGCUCCCAGCAGUCUGUCUCAGGGCAGCUCCAGCAGUCGUCUCAGGGCAGCUCCAGCAGUCGUCUCAGGGCAGCUCCAGCAGUCGUCUCAGGCAGCUCCAGCAGUCGUCCAGCAGCUCCAGCAGUCGUCUCAGGGCAGCUCCAGCAGUCGUCUCAGGGCAGCUCCAGCAGUCGUCUCAGCAGCUCCAGCAGUCGUCUCAGGCAGCCCGCAGUCGUCUCAGGGCAGCUCCAGCAGUCGUCUCAGGGCAGCUCCAGCAGCUGUCUCAGGCAGCUCCAGCAGUCGUCUCAGGGCAGCUCCAGCAGUCGUCUCAGGGCAGCUGCAGCAGUCGUCUCAGGGCAGCUCCAGCAGUCGUCUCAGGCAGCUCCAGCAGUCGUCCCAGGGCAGCUCCAGCAGUCGUCUCAGCAGCUCCAGCAGUCGUCUCAGGGCAGCUCCAGCAGUCGUCUCGAGGGCAGCUCCAGCAGUCGUCUCAGGGCAGCUCCAGCAGUCGUCUCAGGGCAGCUCUUCCUGGUAUAUUGCACGAGUCUCUGGUCACCUGAGAUCUCGUGAAACAAUAUUUACCUGUAGCAGACGAAAUGUUAUGGAGGAGACAAGGAGGUGUGGAGACGCCUCCUUACAACCCUCCUCCCCUUCAGACCCCUCCCUGCACCCCCCCUCCCCCCCUUCCUUACCCCUCUUC